UCAACAGUUACUGUGAAGAACCGGACACUUUUACUUCAUUCAGUAACUUUAUGAAGACUUUUAUAAAGAGUUCAGUAAAUACAGAGAGAGAACGAGAGCGAGUGGUCAGAUCACAGUCAACGGUCAGAUCACCGUGAGCAGUCAGAUCACAGCGAGACCGGAGAGUUUAAAGAACAGAAACAGUAAACAGGUGUUUAUCUGACAGUAAAGAGGCGGUCAGUGAGACGGUCAGUCCUACAUCGAUGAUGACAUGACGUUGUGGGUGUGAACUGUUCUCAUACACACACACACACUUACGCUCUGUGGUGUUCAGUGAGGACAGAGUGUGUGAGUGUGUGGAGACAAAAGCUGGAGAUCCAGAAGAAGUCAUACUCCAUGAUGUGAUGAGCUUCAUCUCACAGGCCGAUGAGAAGCAGAACUGGGAGGAGGAAGGUGGAACCGCUUCCGUUGUAAUGGCCCCUCCUCCCUCAGUCUCUGAACACACCCCCAUCAGUGCCCCUGUCCAAGAUGUGCCUCCUCCCCCACCUCCCCUGCCAGGCUCAGGCCAGCGGAGGCGCAGGGUACGGAGUUUCUACUGGAAGCCCAUUCCUGAGGAGCGCAUCCAUCAGCGCGGAGAACCCAACCUAUGGACGCUCGGCCGGGCAGCUGGGAAACACAUGUUCCACAUUGAUGUAAAGACCAUUGAGGAGCUGUUCGGACAACAUGAUAAUACACGAUCACCAACGAUGGCCAGCAGGAGGAGCAGCCAGUCACAUGGAUCUGUACAGGAACCCAAAAAAGAGAUUACCAUCCUGGAUUCUAAGAGGAGCAUGAAUGUGGCCAUUUUCCUCAAACGCUUUAAGAAAUCCAACCAAUCCAUCAUAGAAGAUAUUCUCCAUGGUAACAGUGAUGCAUUUGGGCCAGAGCCUCUCAGAGAGCUGCUCAAGCUUCUGCCAGAGUCUGAUGAGGUGGAGAAGCUGCAAGCAUUCGGAGGAGAUCCAUCACAGCUGGCUGUGGCCGACUCCUUCAUGUACCAGCUCACUGCCUUACCCAGGUUUAAAGUACGCAUAGAGUCAAUGCUGCUAAAGGAAGAGUUUGAUCUUCUCUGCUCAUCUCUAAAGAAAGACAUUUCCACCCUUCACUCUGCCGCCAGAGAGUUGCUGAGCUGUGUGGAGCUUCAUUCCAUUCUGCACUUGGUUCUGGAAGCAGGAAACAUCAUGAACGCAGGUGGUUAUGGAGCGAAUGCUGUAGGGUUUAAACUGUCCUCUCUUCUCUCUCUGGCCGACACCAAAGCCAACAAGCCAGGAAUGAACCUGCUGCACUUCGUUGCUUUGGAGGCUCAGAAGAAAGAUGACCAGCUGCUAAUGUUUCCUGAAAGGCUCCUGCACAUUGAAAGGGCAACACGAGUGAGUGUGGAGAGUUUGGAUGAGGAGCUGGAGAAUCUGAGCAGAAGAAUCAGCCACAUACAAGAGAAUAUUCAGAGCGAUGUUGACCUUCUACAGCAACUCAACACAUUCUUGCAGAGUGCUGCUGUCACUGUUGCUGAAGUUAAUAACAGCAGGGCUGAGCUGCAGAGGGAAGGAGACAAUAUGAUUGAUUUUUUCUGUGAAGACAAAGAAACUUUCAAACUAGAUGAGUGUUUUAACAUUUUCCAACACUUCUGCUCCAAGUUCAGAAAAGCUGUACAGGACAAUGUGGAGCGAGAAAUGAGGGCGGAGUCUCGACUGAAGCGUUUAAAGGAUCUGGAGGUGAAGCGCGGUUCAUGGGCAGGACUUGAUAAACUGGGUGGAGUGUUUGGCUCUCGGUGCAGGAGUGAGACUGACGUGCAGGCAGCUCUGAAGAGAGAAGGGCUUUUAGGUCUUCUCAGGCCCCACCCCAUCAGCCCCCAGAGUCCUCUGGGGCAGCUUGGGAGCCUCCGUCGCUCACGGCAACAGCUCAGCGAUGGCAACACUGACCAUACUGAGUCAGACACACAAACUGUCGCACGUUCGCCAGAGAUGACUAUUCAAGUGGAAACACACACGCUGGUGCCGGCUCUGCAAGCCUUCAACUUUGAUCCCUUACCUGAUCGUCACCAUGGCAACACCCCCACUCUAGAAUAUGACCUCCAGGAACCCAACCAGGCUAACCUUAAUGUGACAGAGAAUGAGGUGAAUCCUGAAAUUGAGAGCAGGGGAGGCUGUGAGGAACCCCAGAACCCUGUUGAAAAACCCACAGCAACUACAGAUGGGUCAGAGAUGAAUGUCAGCCCCAAACAAUCAGAGAAGCCAGAUGAGGAAGAACACACCUUGGCAUGCAGCAACUCUCCCCCUGCCUCACCUACUGAAUUCCUCACUGACCAAUCAGCAUUAAAUUCAAUGAGGGAUUCCAUAGAGUCCACCAAUCACACGUCAGAACCUAAACCCACACAUCAGUUAUCAUUAGAAUCUAGCAAUGAGGCACCUGGAUCUUACAUCACCACCAGCACUGAAGGAGAAGAGAAACCUUUGAGACAGUCUGCAAGUCCAGAAGAUAGAAGGUUACCUAGCAAAACAUCCGGAAGAGCACCUAAAACAAUGUCCACCCCCAAACCAGCUGUAGUCCUACCAAAAUCUUCUUCUUCUAAACCUUCAUCAUCCACUAAGACCCGUCCUCUUCAUCCUGUGCGGACUCUCAACCCUUCUGAGACUCAGAGCAUGAGGAAGGUCAUUCCUCUCAGCCGAAACCCACAGGUCUCUAGAGCCUCGGCAGUCCAUAUCCCCUCCAACACCCCACCAGCUCAAAGGACAUCCCUGCGGAGGUCAUCUGAGCACAGGUCAUCUAUGCAGAGGUCAUCCCUGAAGUCAUCUGAGCAGAGAUCAUUUGUGACAUCAUCUGAGCAAAGCUCAUCUGUAAAGUCAUCUGAGCAGAGAUCAUCUGUAAAGUCAUCUGAGCAGAGGCCAUCUGUAAAGUCAUCUGAGCAGAGGUCAUCCAUGCAGAAGUCAUCCAUGAAAAAGGCAUCCAUGCAAAGGUCAUCUGUGAAGAAGGCCAUGGUUCAGCAGAAAUCUCCACCGGAGGAGAAGAUGUGUCGCUCCACACUGCGCGCUCUCGCUCAGGCUGGGGGCAAUGUAGCUCCACCCACCCAACAAAACUCCACCCACAGCCAUGCCCCCCACUUCGCUCAGGGCACUGUGGCCUCCGCAACACGCAGCGCUGCUGUCACCCCUGGCAACCUACCUGUCAAGCAUGGCACCUUAGCAACCACAUCAAAAGGACCUUCACUGAAUCGUGCAACGUCCCUCAGACUGGCACAAAGUGGAGUGACCUCACCAAGUAAAGUGAUCCUACCAAGCAUGCCCACUAGAGCCAAAAGUGUUCGGCUGACACCUUCUGCUGGCCACGUCAAAAAGAACACUGCUAGUCCCUUUGAUAAAUCAGCCUUUUCCCGAGACUCUCAGGACAAGCCCCACAGACCUGCCUGGAGAUAAGGGAGAGCUUAUACAGGUCAGGCUAGGAUUAUUCCAUGAGUUUGAUGGGUGCCUGUCCAGAUGCCCAAGCCACUAAGUGGGCCCAUCUGAAUAAUUAUUACCAAAUAGCUUCUCAGGUCAUACAGGCCUCAUACAUAGCUGUAUUGUAAUUAAAUUCAGUAACACUACACAAAACAGUGCUUGGUAAAUUAUGGCAUUAGGCAGCAUAGGCAUGAUUUAUGCUAAGCAUGUUGGAGACAUGUUCCCACCACUUAUUGAAAUGUCCAGUUUUGUCUGACACUGAGACUUGACACACACUGUCCUUGAUAGAGUUGUCAGCAGAAAAUCUUUCUAAUGUCUCUAUGACCCUGCAGAAAUAGAUCUCUGGUGGUUACAGAUUGUUAAAUUGACGUGACAAAACUGACACAUAUAGCAGGGUCACCACUAGGAACCUGAUUCUCACUGAUCAUGCAACAUUCAUCUUCUGCCAAGCCCUCAUCAUUGUCCCCACCAAACAAGAUUUUUUUCAAAACAAAAUUAUGCUCAUGGUAGUCAGGUUAAAGAUAAUUAUAACAUCAAGUCAAACUAGGCACUUGUUAACUGCUGACAAAAAAUGUAAAGGCAUAGUAAAACAAGUGGAAGCAAUAAGUCAUAAAACAAGAGAACACAGAGCAUACCGGCGAUAAGUUAACAACAUCCUCAAGACCACAUAGAUAACAGUGCUCAGCAGGCUAACAUUAACAUGGAGGUGAAGAGUGCUGUUAGUGGUAGUAGCCUGAUUCCUGGUAAAACUUCACUGGCCUCUCGGUGACUACAACCUGCCACGGCCCUGAGACAAAAGAGCAGCAUUACACCACUGGACACACUCCACCAUGCUUCACAACUUGAAUAAUGUUUUGGUGCUGGAUUGCUGUUUGCAUUGUUUUAUUUUCCACAAUGUAUAUAUUGUGUAUAUUCAUUGGUUCUCAAACCUGUGGUCCUCUGGGAUUCCCAGAUGAUCUGCAUUUUUGCUUCCUCUUUAUGUGUUGCAAGUUAUGUUAGAACAAAAAUCUAGACUGUGUGGAGGUACCUGGGGACCAGUUUGAGAACCGCUGGUGUAUAUUUACAAAAGAGUUGAUUUUCUGUCUUAUUCAAAUUGAUUUUCACAUACUAUUUAUCAAACUUGAGAUGCAACAGUGUUUUCUGAAUAACAGUGGUUUCCUCCACAGAAACCUCCCAUUAACACUCUUAUAGGUCAGUGUUUUUCUUAUGGUGUGGAAAGUACGGAGAGCAAGAGAUGCUUGCAGAUGUCUACUCUACUCAGUAGAGUUCUUUGUUUGAGGAUCUAACAGUGAGUCUUGCACUGAUCUUUGAUGGAUGUCUGAAGUGGAAAGAUUAUAAACAAUAGGCCUAAAUACAAACUACUAUGAAGACAGACAUACUGAUGGAGGUCCAAAUUUUAGAAAUUGUUUUGUAAGUUUUUCCCAUUUCAACAACUUUCACUCUACGAACACUGUGUUUGAAGGCCACUGGGUCAUACUGUACUUGGAUAAUAAGUAAGAACAUUGUGUAAUUUUUAUACAGCAGGUCAAACCCAUGUAUUUGAGCAUCUGGCCCCUCUCAUACUCCUUAAGUCAUUGUGUCCUAAAUGUUCAUAAACAUUUUCUAUCAGUAAAA